GAGUGCAGCGGCAGCGUCUCCGUCGACAGGCUGCUGUGGUCCCUGCAGGAGAGGAUGCAGGGGGGGACCAGCGCGCCCCAGUGGUCGGCUGCCCUCAAGAGCUUCAAGACGUUCUCCUGCACGGCGCGGAGGGACGGGAUGUAUCCGGACCUGGCGACGGACUGCACGCUCUACUAUAGAUGCCUGGACGGGGCUGUCUACUCGUACUCGUGUCCUUCGGGUGAGGGACUCGGCUACGGGAGCGAAUCCUGUCGACCCGCCGCCGAGGUCACGUGUCCUCGCCUGCCUCCAAGCACACCUCCUUGCCUCAACCAGACCAAUGGCUAUUACCCCGAUUAUACCCAGGGGUGUCGGGGGUAUUAUAGGUGCGACAACGGCAGCGUCAACGGCCGAUGGUUCUGCGAAAACUCCGGACUCUGGGACGUGGCCACGGGGUCCUGCGGCUCGGGGUCAGGCCUCACGUGCACCCCGCCCUCCUGCUGGGGUCUCCCGGACGGACCCCACCCGACCCCGGCCUCCUCCUGCACCGCCUACUUCACGUGUCAAGCGGGGGUCAGGACGGAUCACGUGUGUCCGUACGGCACGAUUUUCGACUACUCGCUCAAGCGGUGUGUCCCGAGCUCCUCCUCCGUGUGCUACGAGCAGGCGUGCGAGGGGCGCGUGAACGGAUUCCACGCGGCGCCCCACGCCUCCUGCCGCGCCUUCUUCAGGUGCUUCAACGGCGCCCUGGUCGAACUGCAGGAGUGCCCUCGCCACCAGAUCUUCGACGGGCAGCGGUGCGUCUCGGCCACGAACUUCUCCUGCUGGGGCGAGGGGCGCGGGUCGUGCGAGGGGCGCGACGACGGCCUCUUCGCCGCCUCCGACUGCCGCGGCUUCUUCCGGUGCCGCCACCAGCAGUUCAUCCGCGCCUUCCUGUGCUCGCGCGGCCUCGUGUUCAACGGGCGCGAGUGCGUGGAGGACACCAACGCCCUGUGCACGUCGCAGGCGCCGCGCCCCGACUGCGCCAACAAGAUCGACGGCUACUACACGGUGGAGAAGACCGGCUGCAGGACCUUCUUCUCCUGCCGCGGCGGCAGGAAGAUAAGCGAGCACACGUGCCCGGGCACCAACGUGUUCAACGGCGAGCAGUGCGUGGACCCCGUGCUGUACCCGUGCCCCGCGAGCCGGCCGCCGCUGGCGCCCCUGGCGGCCAACCUCACCAACCGGGUGGCGCGCUCCCUCUCCGCCGACGCCGACUGCGCCUCGCGCCCCAACGGCUACUACCUCGACGUGCCCUCCCGCUGCACGCGCUUCUUCUACUGCCACGAGGGCGCCAAGCAGUUCGUCAGGUCCUGCCCCCCCGGAGAGAGGUUCAACGGCCUCGGCUGCGUGUCCCAGGACUCCUACAAGUGCCCGGUGAUCGCUGGCGCCCCCGAGUGCCUUCUGCGAGGCGACGGCGUGUACCAGGACCUGGAGAGCGGCUGCAGCUCCUACUACCAGUGCUUCUCGGGGGUCAAGAUCGAGUUCAAGUGCCCCGAAGGACGCCUGCACAGCGGGAGGGCGUGCGAGCCGGCGGCGCAAGUGUUCUGUCCGGCGGCGACGCUGUGCUCGCACCAGCGGCUCAACGCGACGCUCGUCGACACGGACCGAGGCUGCCAGGGCUACUUCCGGUGCCAAGAGGACGUGCUGCUGUGUGCUGCGCGUGCGCGUGCGCAGGGGGGCAGGUGUUCAACGGGAAGGAGUGCGUGCCCCACUUCUUCUACACGUGCCCGGCGCGGGUCAGCACCGCCUGCCUGGCCAAACCCGACGGUCUUUAUCAGGAUCUCUCCACCAGAUGUCGCUCCUUCUACGAGUGUCGCGCGGGGGAACGAGUGUCGACGCGGACCUGCGGCGACGAGGAGGUCUUCAACGGCGAGGUCUGCGUUCCGACGGCCAGCUACGUGUGUCCUGUCGACGGGGCGAAGGAGUGCGGAGCCGGGCGCAAGGGCUUCGUCCAGGAUAUCCAGUCGGGGUGCAGGAGGUACUACUACUGCUACGCCGGCAAGAGCUUCGCCCGCGAGUGCCCGGCGGAGCGGGUCUUCAACGGCCACACCUGCGUCCCUUCCGCGCAGUACAGGUGUCCUUCUGGGCCCAAGGGGGAGCGUCCUCGCUGCAGCGGCCCGGACGGAUACUACCCGGACUUGCACACUUCCUGCAGGAGCUUCUACUACUGCCGGGACGGCCUCAGGAUUAAUUACACGUGCCCCGAAGGCGAGGCGUUCAACGGCGUGCAGUGCGUGCCGGAGGCGGCGUUCACGUGCUCGAGUCCCUCUUCGUGCCAGGGGAAGAUCAACGGCUUCUACCAGGACGUGUUCGCCGGCUGCCGCAAAUAUUACUACUGCCACGGCGGGGUCAAGUACGCGCACACGUGCCCCGGGGAGCAGGUGCACAACGGCAGGACGUGCGUCCCGGCGUCUACGUACACCUGCCCGAGCCCCACGGACGACCGCGACUGCGUCGGCAAGUUCUCGGGUCUCUACCCGGAUCUGUCCUCGCUCUGCCAGGUGUACUAUCAGUGCCAGGGAGGCGUCAAGACGCAGACGCUGGCGUGCCCGCAAAGCCAGGUCUUCAACGGGUACAAGUGCGUCCCCUUCUACGAGUUCUCGUGCUCGUCCCUCGGACUAGUCUCGCCCUCCUCUCCGGCCAGGCUGGAUCUCCCUCCCGAUCAGCUGCUAGCAGAGGUCGGGGCGCCCGUGGCGAAUGCUCUCCAGGUUUCACUUGGGGCGUCGGGGCGCCCUCCUCCCUCGGCACAGCACUCGGC